AACUAAAAUACACGUUGCGUUUUUAGUUGUUAUAAUUAUCAUUAUUCGCCAAAUACGGCAGAGUAAACCACGUUUGUAUUUACGUCAAAGAUACCACAUCAAGCCGGUGAUUUACAAGAAAAAUUCAUAUGAAAGUUAAUAUAUAGAGAAAAAGGCCUAUGUUGGACGGAUCAACAUUCAACCGCCCAUUCUAUUUUAAAUGAGACAGAAAUCAUUUUGAAUGGUUGAAACAAUCGAAGUCUAAAAUAGACUAGUGCAAAUCUCAACUUAAUACUAUUGUCCCUGGGUAUCCACAUUCCCUGGAUAUGGCAGAUAACAGUAACUACGAGCUGAUGGUAGCAAUUGAUUUUGGUACGACGUAUUCGGGAUAUGCCUUCCAGUUUACUGGCGAAUAUGAUCCUGAAGAUCCAACAAAAAAAAUUCUUUCCCCACAAUCAUGGAAUGAUGGACCCACCAAAUUGACGUCAAUGAAAACGCCCACUUGCCUUCUUUUAGACAGGAAUCAGGAUAUCGAUUCGUUCGGGUACAUUGCAGAAGAUAAAUAUGCUGACCUAUGUAUGGAUGGUGACAAUAUGAACUGGUACUACUUUAGGAGGUUCAAGAUGAAGUUGCAUGACACAAAAGGACUGAAGAAGACAACUCUGAUAGCUGACGAAACAGGUAAACAGUUACCUGCCCUUACAGUGUUCGGGAAAUCCAUCAGAUGCCUUAAGGAUCAUCUGAUAGAAUUACUAAGGAAGAGAAAUUUUGAUCCAACAGAUGACGAGAUUAAAUGGGUUCUCACUGUGCCUGCUAUAUGGGAUGAUACUGCUAAAGGAUUUAUGAGAGAAGCCGCUAACAUGGCUGGAAUCCUAUCAAAGCAUUUGACAAUAGCUCUUGAACCUGAAGCUGCAUCAUUGUUUUGCCAGUACCUUCCUGUUGAGAAAUUUAGUGUCGGCGGACAGACCAAAUUCUCAGAUGCUAAGCCAGGAACAACAUACAUGAUUGUUGAUCUUGGAGGUGGUACUGCUGAUAUAACAGUGCAUGAAAAGGUUGAAAAUGGAAAACUUAAAGAGGUGUAUCAGGCAAGUGGAGGGCCUUGGGGAGGGACAUCUGUAGACGCCGCUUAUAUUGCUCUAAUCAGUAGGAUUAUUGGCGGUCCAGUAUUUGCAAAAUUUAUGAAGGAACAAACCUUUGACUAUCUAGACAUGAUGCGCGAUUUCGAGUCGGUCAAACGCAAUGUCAGUCUGUCCACUACUGAUGACGUGAAAAUGAAGAUGCCCGUCUCUUUGAGCGAAACAUGCAGCAGCGCGAGGAACAAGGACUUCAAAACGCUGGUUAAAGAGGCGAGGGAGGACAAAAACAUUACAUUUAUUGGUGACAAAGCAAAGUUCAAGCCAGUUUUGAUGCAGAACUUGUUUAAGAAAGCGACAGACAAAAUUGUAAGCCACAUGAAGAAAAUCCUUGAUACAACACCAGCUGGUAAGAAGGUAUCUCUCAUACUUAUGGUCGGAGGAUUCUCUGAAUCAGCGUAUAUACAAGAUGUUAUCAAAAAGGAGUUUCACGACAAAAAAGGACGAAAGGUGCUUGUUCCAAAAGAUGCAGGUAUUUCUGUGGUCCAAGGUGCUGUUGUGUAUGGUAGACAACCAGGCAACAUCACAUCCCGCGUUCUUCGUUAUUCCUACGGUGUUGCAGUCAGUCCCAAAUUUGAGGAAGGAAAACAUAAUCAAAGCAAGAUGAAAACAGUUGCUGGUGUCAAUAGAUGCGGCGAUGUUUUCUCUAAGUUCAUUAACAUAGGUACAGCAGUUGAGGUUGGUCAUCAAGUUAAACAGAGCUACAAAACAAUCGAUCCCUUGGCAACAUCAUGCGCCUUUCGGGUGUUCUUUUCAACAGACGAGGACCCGAUGUAUACUGAUGAUGUGUCCUGUCAACCUUUAGGGCAGCUUGAUGUUGAUUACCCUAAUCCUUACAAACGUAUCUUAGACAUCGAGGUUGAUUAUAUCUUUGGAGACACUGAAUUAAGCAUUAAGGCAAUAGAAACAGAUAGUAAAUGUACAUGUCAAACAAAGCUCAGAAUGCUCGAGUAAUUGAUAGCAGAAAGAUAUUCCGUACCUUGGUAUUCAUUGAAACUGUAUGACAUAAAUCAUAUUGAAUUGGUUUGUAAAGAUGUCAAAAGAAUUUACUAUUGUUUACACGUUGGCAUUGCCUGUAUUUAGUUAAGCAAUUGACGCGUUAUCUAAAAGUUGAAAGACAGUCGGGUGAAAAAAGGAAACAUAGUAACUCGGAAAACAAAGCUUUAAAAACUUUGAAAUGUCAACAUGCUACAUCAACAACAUCAUUGUUAUCGUUUUCACGUCAUCAUCAGAAUGUUAUGUAGCCAGACAUAAAGUUUUGAUCAACGUACGCAUGUCAUGUUGACUUAUUGUUCAGUUUCAUUUCGCUUUUUUUUAAAUUUGAUUAUGUUUUUGCAUUCUUAUAUUUAAAUAUUGAUAUCAUGUAAUUUUUUAUUUUCUUCAGGGUUUUUGCAGUGCUUCUAAAUAUCCUUAUCAUUUUAUACGCACCGGAUAUUCAAAACUGUAUACGAAAGGAAUAUCUGAUUUAUAUAUAAAACUAUCACUCAAACUUCAAUAGAAAUAGAAAACAAUUAGCAAUUCCAUAUAUUUCCCCAAUUAUCAGAAGUAUCAUAAGGUUCAUUUGAAAAUAUUUGACAAGUUUCCUACAAAAUUGUCAAGAAUUGUUAAGAACCCUGAUAUCAUAGAUUAAAUUUUAACGUUGAUGAGAAAUGUGCUUAUAUUCCUUAACAGUAUCAGGAUUAUUGUCCUGCCAGUAUCAUACAUAAUGCAGUACUUACAUUGUAAGAUAAAAUUACGUCAGUAAUUAUUACACACAUAUUGAUAUACAAUCUAAACUAAAAGUAGAUAACGUCUCAAGAUUUAGGUCAAAUACGCAUAUGAUGAUAUUCAUUACUGUCUACAUGAAAGUUUAAAAGCUGAUCAAAAUGAUUUAUUAUCUGUCUAAUUUAUUGACUGUCAACGUUCUGAUACCCGGUGAAUGAAGAUCAGUACUUCUAUGUGUAAAGUUCAAUUCUACUGAAGCCGGUGCAAAUGUAUGCCAGCAGUGUCUAUUUAUAGGAUCAGUCAAACGAAGCAUUUAUACGGUAAAUUCUAUUAUUUGGCCGACAUUUUGGUUUAAAAUGAAAUUACAUCCACAAGGAACUACCUUAAACCUACACAAACUUACUACAAAUAAACUUAUAAACAAAUAUACUAUAUAACUAUAUAAAAAAGUUUGAAAUACGUUUUGAAUGUUCUAAAAAAUAAUUGAAACUGUGAAAACAGAUCUUAUUUGUAUCAAAAUUAUUGUAAAAUGAUAAAUAUGUGACAUGCAAUCGAAAAUAUAUCUU